GACGACUCUGGUUGGGAAGACAGAAUUCAUUUUCCUCUUUUCGUUUUCUCUCCCACCCUACUUGUUGGAUUUUUAUCAGCGAAUGAACGAAUAUUCUCUCUCUCUCUCUCUCUGCCUACAUAUAGAUAAGCGGAUGCAUUGUAGCUGAAGAGGAGAGAGAAAGAGAGGAGUGUCCCUAAAGCAAAGAAGAAGGAAACGUUUUAGGGUCUCUCCCUCUCUCCCCUAUCUCCCUUUCUCUCUCUCUCUAGUCUCUAUAUUUACAAGAAAUUAUUUUUUUUUGGGUAAUUGUUGUUGUAUAUGAUAUAGGGACUAGAAUUGAUUGAAUUUAGGGGAAGAUGGAAGAAGAGGUAGGACCAAGUUCUUCUUUGUAUGGCAAUGGCGAUGGUGAUGUUGUAAAUAAGUCAAAGUUUCCAUUGACGUUUUGGGAGAUGGCGGUGGCGUCCGGCGUCGUAUUGGGGUUCGUGUUGGGUCUUCUCUGCGUCUAUCUUACCAUGCCUGCCUCUGAUUAUAGCUUUCUCAAGCUUCCUCGUACUCUCGAAGAUCUUCAGAUCCUUAGAGAUCACCUGGAGAGCUACACGAGCGACUACACGUUACAGGUCCUCGUGUGGUAUUGCAUGGUCUACAUUUUCAUGCAGACUUUUAUGAUUCCGGGGACUGUUUUCAUGUCAUUGCUUGCUGGGUCCCUCUUUGGAGUCUUCAAAGGUGUAGCUCUGGUUGUGUUAAAUGCUACUGCCGGUGCAUCCUCUUGCUAUUUCCUCUCCAAAUUAAUUGGGCGGCCCCUUCUCUUCUCUCUCUGGCCUGACAAGCUGAUUUUCUUCCAGGCCCAGGUGGCUAAAAGACGUGAGCGGCUGUUGAAUUACAUGCUUUUCCUAAGAGUGACACCAACCUUGCCAAAUACUUUUAUUAAUGUUGCUUCACCGAUAGUUGAUGUGCCUUACCAUAUUUUCUUCUUGGCAACGUUAAUCGGGAUUAUUCCUGCAGCUUAUGUCACUGUUCGGGCUGGAAUAACUCUUGGUGAGCUGCGAUCUGUGGCAGACCUCUACGACUUCCACUCGAUAGCAACCUUGUUCCUUAUCGGAGUUGUUACAGUCACCCCCACAUUGAUGACCAGCAAGAGCAGAUCAUAGAAUUUCAUUAGCUCAAACAUGUUGGGUUAACAUUGUGGCUUUACUUUCCGAUCUACCAUUUGGGUAUCACUCUAUUGUACAGAUUUGCAUCAAAUAAACGCGAUACGAGCAGCUAGCUCUGUUCAAGCUAAUAGAUUUCACUGUUGAUGCUGCAGCUGUUGAAGAUGAUGUGGAGGAGAUGUUGGGGUUGAGUUUAUUUGGGGUGGAAAUGUUAUUAAUGUAGAAGUGAUGGAAUUUCUGGCGUAUUUUUCUGUAUAAUAUUUUCUAAAUCAUAUAUGGAAAACAAAUACACGGUUCCAACAGUAGCAUUUUCAUUUUUUUUGUUGAUGUGGAACAGGGUAUUAUGGUAAGUCAAAUGUUUCGUAAACGAGUGUAUCCGAUGCGAUAUAAUUAAUAAACGACA